UGUGCUUGGAAUAUACUUACAGCACGCUAUGUCACCAAUGACUUAGACACUUUAAAAGAAUACCUUUUUACAACAAACAAGAGCUUAUAACAGACAUACACGUAUCAUUCCAAUCUCAUUGAUUUCCUCGUAUCUUUUUUAAGAUCCACGCACUGUGAUUUGGAGGGACGGCACCGAUUGGUUCGGAAAGAUUCCAUCUUUGCGUGGUACCGUGGCCUGCUUGCAAUGAAUCGGACUCAGCAUGGCAAUGCAUCCUUCAGUCCAGACUUGGACAACGACCUCUCCAGCUUUGUAAGUUUUCUGGCCUUCUUGCACAUCCUGACCAUUCUGCUGACCACUCUUGGCAACUCACUGGUCAUCACGGUCAUCGUCCGCUCGCACAAGCUCCGCACCAUCACCAGUGGGUUCCUGCUCAAUCUGGCCGUCUCCGACAUGGCCGCCGGCUUAUUCCUCCUCCCAUUUGCAGCUGGCAGCACUCUCAACCCCAACUUGAGCUACGGUCACGUCCCCUGCACCCUGCUCGGUUUCCUAUACACCCUCCUGUGCUUUGCUUCCACCUGGACCCUCGCCUGCAUCAGCUUGGAGCGCUUCGUGGCAAUCAACAGCCCAUUAAAGUAUCACCAACUUGUGGACCGUCGACGGGCGAUCAUCGCCAUUGCUCUGAUCUGGCUCGGGGCAACGCUGAACGCUGCCUUCCCCUUUGCCGAACAGGAACACGAGGCCUACGCGUUUCUUCCGCAGUACACCUUCUGUCUGCUAAACUACCACAGCCACGUGGUGACGGCGAUCGUUAUACCCAUUCUUGCCAUCUUUGUGCCCCUGGGAAUCAUGUGCUACACUUACGUGUCCAUCGGGAGGAUUGCCUGCUCCCAUGCCAAGAGGAAGAUUGUGGAAUGUAACAAGGAACACUGCAUGUUUGUAGCUCCAAAAACUAAAGACUAUCGGGCUGCUAAGAUACUCGCUGUCAUGGCAGGUGUGUUUCUGGUUUGCUGGAUCCCCUUCACCAUUCUUAGCCUGUGGCAGGCCAACGCAAACACCGACUUUCCCUUUAUCCUGACGGCCACCUCCCUCUGGCUCACGUUCCUCAGCUCCGCCAUCAACCCUUGGCUGUACUCCCUGCUCAACAGGACAUUCCGCCAAGCCCUGAGGAGUCAAGGUGUCAGACUGCUGCGGUCAGCGGGCAUCCUGAGGCCGGGCCCCGGGGGUCUUGGGAACGCCGGCAAGGUCCUGAACAAUGGGAAUCGGGUAGACAUGGCGGUGCGAACGUCUUGCAAGGACAUACUGCUUGACCAUCCUCGCGGGCGAGCAGCCAAUGACAAUCUGGAAGACGGCGGGGGUGGAGAUAUUGCGGAGACCGACUGCGCUGGGAGCCUGCAUGAAGCGUUGGCCAGCACUGUGUCAGGAUCGCUAAUGCGCAUUGAAAGUCUCUGACCAUGUGACCCCCACCAUCCGAGAAAAAUUGGAGCUGUGUUUUGCUUAUUCAAGGAUGAACAAUACAAUAAAUCUGAAGCAGGUUAUUAAACAACUCACCUGUCGAAAUUUCAGCUCA